GAACCUUUGGUUUCAGACUUGGUUUCAGAAUUCGCGCUUCUCUAUAUAAACAAAUUCUCUGCCCAUUCCUAUCGUUCCUAGUUCCUAUCUGAGUGAUUGCGUUUGCUUUGUGCUAGUACUGGAUUUUGUUUAUCAUAACGAACACGUAAAAACAAAAGUUGAUUAUGUUAUUCAAGAAACUUUUUCCAUACAGAUUUCCUAUCAUAGGGAUGAUACAUUUGGAUGCUCUUCCAGGAACACCUUUAUACAAAGGUAACUUCGAUGCAAUAAUUGCUAAGGCAGUCCAUGAAGCAGAACUUUACGCAAAUAGUUUAAUAGAUGCUGUUAUGAUUGAAAAUAUGCACGAUGUACCGUAUGUACAAAGACAACAUUUCGGUCCCGAAACAGUGGCAUGUAUGACCAAAAUUGCAACAUUAGUUAGAGGAGCUGUGGGAGAGAAUACACGUUGCGGCAUACAGGUUUUAGCCUGUGGUAAUGAAGAAGCUUUAGCCGUGGCUAAAGCGUGUAAUUUUGAUUUCAUCAGAGCUGAAGGAUUCGUAUUUUCUCAUGUGGCGGACGAAGGCUUUACCGAUGCAAAUGCUGGUCAACUGCUAAGAUAUCGUAGAAAUAUUGAUGCUGAACAUAUACAAAUCUUCACUGACAUAAAAAAGAAACAUAGUGCCCAUGCUAUAACAAACGAUAUCUCGCUAAAAGAGACAGCCAAGGCAGCGGAAUUCUUCCGAUCCGAUGGUAUUAUUAUAACCGGUGCCAGCACAGGAUGUGAAGCAAAUGUAGACGAUGUUGAGUCGUUAGUUGGCGAAACCGAAUUACCAUUAAUCAUAGGUUCCGGGAUUACAGCAGAAAACUUGAAUAAGUAUUGGAACAUAGCUGAUGCUGCUAUAGUUGGAUCGCACUUCAAAGAGAACGGAAACUGGAGAGGAGCUCUAAGCGAAGUUAAAGUUCAAGCAUUCAUGAAUAAAGUGAAUGGAUUUCGGAAUCAGUUUUAGCUAAGUAAAAACGCACUUCUUUGUGCUUGAAACAGUGAUAUUUUAAAGCAAUAAACUAUCACAGUACAUUAUUUUGAUAACAAUGCAAAGCCUUUGGGUUUCAGAUAAUUACUGACAAUCUUUUUGUU